AUGUUCCGCAACAGGGGUUCCAACACGGGCAAGGUGCAGGGACAAGUUAACAACGCCAACCACGGCAAUGGGACAUUCAACAAUGUGCACGGACAGCAGAACUUCAAUAACGGCGACACCCAUCACGGCGACACUUACGGAGGAGAUCAUUAUGCAGGAACCAUUCAUGGGGGUAACGUCGGUGGUCGCGGCAACAAGAAUGCCAUAUACAACAGUGUAGCUGUCGAUCCACCCCGACAUGAUACGAACCCCAGGCCAUCGACUCGACUGCAACAGCUCCAGGCCGAGUUAGACGAUCUCAACUUGAAAAUUGAGCAGAAAAUGGUUGAAAUGGGCAUGAACGAAGAGCAGAGGCUGCAAAGGAUGGUAGAAGAACUAGGGGCAACAUAUCGAAUUUUGCAGCGGGAAGCCGACAAACCCCCCAGAGCCUAA